CAACGAAUAUCGUAAUAUCAGAAAGUAAAGUAGUAUUUCAAUUCAAAAAAAAAAAAGUAAAGUAGCCAUAAUUGACUUUACCAAAAAAUAGACUUGUUUUUGACUUUACCAAAAAAUAGACAUAUUGAGUGGAAAUAGAAUCCAUACAUACACAUGGAUAUAUGGAUGCAACGCAUUAUGACUAAGUCUUUGUACAACCAGAGAAUCUUGCUUGCUCUGAUGAUGUUUAAAUCAUGAAUGACUUAUCAUUGAUUUUGAUUUAUGACGCGUUGUGAUGAUGUUUAAGUUUGUCAUGCGUCAGUUUUCAUUUUCGUUGCAAAUGUAACCACUAGAAAUUAUCUAUUUUCUUAGUUUAUAAAAAUAUGAGGAAUCAACUCUUAUAAACAUAUAUAUCUACUAAGAUGUUGAUAGGAUAAUAUAGAGUACAACAAAUUAUAACAAUGUUUACUUUGCAUAUAUAUAUUUUUUAUAACCGUGGUGUAAUCCCAAAAACUUUCUAUACCCAAAGACUAAUCACCACGAGACCCAUAGAAAUCCGGUUUUUCUUGUUAUUUAAGGUGUCUACGGGUGGCCAAGAGAAAUCGAAUCCAAAGCGGUACUUUACAUAUAUCUCAUCAACUAUUUACUAUAUUUCUAUCUCUUCAAUCCUGCAACAUAUUAUGUUUAAUUAACUGGGACCAAAAUUGUUUUAUUUAUUUAUAAAGUUUAUGGUGAAAGUGAAUUUUCCCUAAUUUUAGAGUUUUUAGGUGAUUUAGUAAAUGAGCAAGAUUUGUUUCUGAAAAUUUUCAUUCUUAUUCUAAUAGAUGGAUCUUCCAACCAUGUUGGCACCAAAUAUCAUUGACAUAUAUUUUUGUAAGAUUUAUGUACCUAUACUUUUAUAUGAAACUAUAUACAUAUAUAUUGAGAGAUAACUAAUAUUUUCACAUAUUUCUAGUAUACAAUAUUCGUGAUCUUUUACUAUAACUAUAACUAUUUUAUAUUUCUAUUUUUUUAACUGCACUUUACAUUCAUGUAUCUCCCAAAAUGAGACAACAGUUUACAAUACAGUUUUGAGGAACAUCUAGUAAGACUUUCAAUUAGAUAUUGUUACUUAUAUUUAUAUUUAUAUAUAUAUAUAUAUAUAUAUAUUAUUUAUUACAUUUAUUUAAUAUUAGGUUUACUUCCUAAGAAAUUAAUAACGUAACAUACGUUUAAAUGUUCUUUUGUAAGAGAGUGUAUUUCAUUCAUUGGAAAGAAAUGAUGUUCUUUUAUGGUUUUAUAGAUUUAUUUUCUAUCAAAUUAAUUUUAUUUAUGGUUUGAUUUACUUUUUAUUGGUCUUUAUAUAUUUUAAAUGAAUUUAAACUAUAUAUACUUGUUUUUUUUUGUCAAAAACUAUAUAUACUUGUUACUUUUAUAAUUUGUUGUUAGUUUGGUAAGCUUAUUUUUAACCAGGAAACUUAUAUAAGUUUUCAAUGAUUUUUAUAUGUAGACUUAUUUAUAUUGCUUGCAGUUUAUUUUCAAAAGAUAACAUAUAUAUUUUAGAAAAUAGUUAACAUUUUCAUUUAUAUUUAUUUUUUUACAAUUAAUAUUUAUAUCGUGUAAUUUUUGUGAUUUAUGAUUUUAUAGAUUUAUCGAUACUAUUUUAGUUUAUAUGAUUGAUUUAGAUUUUGAUGGGGGGGAAUUGCAUAAUAAUAUAAAUAGUCUUUUUCCUUAGUAAAAUUAAAUCUUAGAUUAUUGACAAAAACUUAUAAUAAUGUUUUUUUCAUAUACGAAAAGGGUUAUUAAUGUUACUUCUUACAAGUUAUUAUAUAUACUAAUCCAAUUAUGUCCAAAAAUUGUUUUCAAAUGCUUAAGAUGCACUAAUAGUUCAAUAUUAGUUGCAACCCUCCUAUGCAAUGAUGCUUAAUAAGAUCAUGGUUUUCCUAAUUCUCCGUAUGGUCAUACCAAUUGUAGUCGGAACUUUUCCAGGAAAGAGCAAACCUUCCGAUUUCCAUGAGCAGGAAAUCGAACUACGGUUGAAACAACUCAACAAACCGGCCAUUAAAUCCAUCCAUAGUCCAGAUGGAGAUAUAAUUGAUUGUGUAUGGAUCUACGACCAACCAGCUUUUGAUCAUCCUUUAUUCAAAAACCACACCAUUCAGAGGAGGCCAAGAAGUAACUCGAUAAGGGACAAAACAGGAGGUAAUAAGACAUACAUUAUACACCAAUUGUGGCGAACAAAAGGUGAAUGUCCUGAGAACACUAUUCCCAUCAGAAGAACAACAAGAGAUGAUCUUAUCAGAUCAGGUUCCAUCAAAAAGUAUGGAAGAAAGAGUCCACCACCAACUAUUUAUCAUACUGAAGGUGCUCAGACCGAGGAAGUUCAUGAGCAUACGUGUGUGUACGUGGACUAUGGUCAGUUCCAUGGCAGCAAGAGCCGUAUAAGUAUAUGGAAACCAAAUGUUCUAAGGACAAGAGAGUUUAGUUUGGCUCAAACAUGGGUUGUUAAUGGAGAUUGGGACACUGGUUUGAACACUUUGGAGUCUGGUUGGCAGAUCUUGCAUGCUUUGUAUGGUGACAAAAACCCAAGACUUUUCGCUUAUUGGACGGGCGAUACAUACCGAGAAACCGGAUGUUACAAUCUUGACUGUCCAGGCUUUGUUCAAGUAAGCAGACACAUCUCCCUUGGUGCAGCUCUCAACACUUUCUCAACUUACAACGGUGAACAAUACGACUUCCUUCUAACCAUUGAGAAGGAUCAAAAAACUGGACUUUGGUGGUUGAAGUUUGAGACAUAUCUAAUCGGAUACUGGCCAAGCUUUAUAGUCCCCAAGCUAGCAGCCUCGGCACGAAAGAUCGCAUGGGGAGGUGAGAUUGUGUAUUACACUAGUGGCCGGGGGACACAUACGCUUACGCAAAUGGGGAGUGGCCAUUUUGCAGAGAAAGGGUUUAGGAAGGCUGCUUACUUCAAUAGCUUAGAGUACAUAGAUACUUCUAACUAUCCGAUUACACCCUCUCCACAAAAUCUUGAAGCUACUGUGACUCGGCCUGAAUGCUAUAACCUUCAAGUUGGCUCUAGCCAGAGGUGGGGAACUUACUUUUUCUAUGGUGGACCUGGUCGCAAUCCUCAUUGUCCAUGAGCCUAGAUUAAGCCAAAACUAAAAUGUCUUAUAUAAAUGUCAAAAAUAUAUAAAAUAAAUUCGUUUAGCAAAAAAAAA